AUGUGCUCAGACUGUGCUGCUCACGUUCUUUCUUGCUAUGCACUUGCUGUGACUAUGCUCGUAUGGCAGGAGGAGCAGCGCAAGGGGGCGAUAGUGGAGGCACUCACACACUUCUCGGUGCUCUCGGCCAAUGCCAUGGCGACAGGUGUCACCACCACGCGCAUGCGCCUGCAGCUCAUGAAAAAAUACUCAGAAGUGCAGGACUUUUGGUUGACAGAGGAGGAUGUGAACCCAUCAGCACCGCCUACAAUCCAUCCCGACCUGCUUCAUUACAUCGUCACACACGAUCCCCGCCUCUCCCCCUCCCGCUCCACCCGCCCCUCCACCUCCUACCCCCCCAACGCCUCCUCCCCGCCCCUCUCCCCCUCCUCCUCCGCCUCCCCCCCCAACACUCCCCCCCCUCGCUCCCUCACUCACUCUCGCUCGCUGGCGGAUGGGCGGACAAGGGGGAGGAUGGAGGGAGAGGAGGGAGAAGUGGAAGUGGAAGGAGGAAGGGAAGAGGAGGAGGGAGGAAAUGGAGGGGAGGAGGGAGGAGGAGAAGGGGAGGGGGAUGUUGAUGAGGGAUUAUCAGUGGUAUCGGAUAUGGAAAUAGAUGGGAUGGUAGUCGAGGGGGAGAGGAGGGGGAUGGGGAGGGUGGAAGGCGAUGGGGUGGGUGGGGCGGUGCAAUCAGGCGAUGGGGUGGGUGGGGCGGUGCAAUCAGGCGAUGGGGUGGGUGGGGCGGUGCAAUCAGGCGAGGGGCGGUGCAAUCAGGCGAUGGGGUUGGGUGGGGUGGUGCAAUCAGGCAAGGGGUGGGUGGGGCGGUGCAAUCAGGCAACUCUCGGUCAAACCCGCUCCCUCGAAGUCCAACUUUCUUCCCUUCAGGCCUCUAGUUUGAGGUGGCCUCGGGAAUAA